AUGGAGAGGAAUAGCAAUCCUACUGAAGACUACUCCAUCAAUGUCUUCUCCAUUGCUCCGAGUCAGCCAAACAGCUCUGAAGCCCAGGUGUCCGAUGACGACAAAGCUGGUGCUACUUUACUCUUCUCUGGUGUCUUUUUGGGGCUAGUAGGAAUUACUUUCACAGUGAUGGGAUGGGCAGAAUAUGAAGGUGUUUCUCAUUCUGAAUGGACUCAGUUGCUAGGGCCGAUUCUGCUUUCAGUUGGUGUGACUUUCUUGCUGAUUGCGGUGUGCAAAUUUAAAAUGCUCACCUGUAAACCUUGCAGUGAAAGAGAGGAAAGCACAUCAGGCACGGAUCAGACUCCUCGUGGACAAUCCUUUGUUUUCACUGGAAUUAGCCAACCAAUAACUUUCCAUGGGGCUACAGUGGUACAAUAUAUCCCUUCUUACCCAGCCCAGGAAGGCUUUGGUAUAAAUACUACAAGUUUCCACCAAGGUUGCAGCCAUCAUGGACUUCCUCCAUCUUCUGGACUAAUCAUUCCCGAUUUCAAUCCUCCCCGGUAUUAUAAUGCCUACCCAUUGGAUAACCGUGCUUUUUCUGCAGAUGAGGACCACUCUGCUUAUCUUGCAGGGGACACCAGAAGUGAACGGUCAACUGAUAGCUUUAAGGAACCCGAAGCAGCUUUGGAUGAAGAUGUUUACUGUGAUUUCCCACCUCCACCAUAUGAGAAACUAUUUCCACCGCCAUCAUAA